AUGUUGUUGGCAACGGCAGCUCAGCAGCAACCACUUCUCUUGUUUUUGGACUCCGUAGACCAGCUUACGGGGAUUGGUACCGAAAAUAAUAAAGUUUCAUGGCUUCCAUCAAGGCUGCCUCCACAUUGUAAGAUCAUUGUCACUAGCGCUUACGAAAAAGCAAAUCCAGAAUUAUCGAAAGAGUAUGAUGUACUUCGCCGUAUGAUAGACUCCGAGGAAAACUUUCUUGAAGUGAAAUCAUUAGAAGAUCUAGCAAUGCAAGUUCUAAA